AUGGGUAAGUGCAUCAGAGCUCUCUCCUAGCCUGGUUGCAGAGCAGAACUGUUUGUGCUGUCUUUCCAUGACAAUGACCAUAGUGUCACAUCUGCUCCUGCUCAUCCUGUGUCUCCUUGACCUGCCGCCACUCCCCCAGUACUCUCUCCCUAUCCCGCUCUCUCUCUCUCUGUGUGUGUGUGUGAUUGUGUGGGCGGAGACAGGUGUGCUGGAGUCAGAGCAGAUCCCCACCAGCUGCAACCUGUUCCAUAAUCAAUACCUCUACAAAUACUCAGUCCUGCCACUUCCACACUGCCAGAUCGUAAUCUCUGCUUAGUCAGUCUACGGUUCUAGCCGUUUGUUACUAUUCAGAUCCUGUUAGCCUGUUGUGCCUGUUUUCCUUGCCUGCUGCUGUUUUCCUCUCCGCUACAGUUCUGCCCGCUCUGACUCUGGUCCCUGUCUCCAGUCCCACGUCUCGUCAUCCUGCUACUCUGUCCUAGAUUCCCCACUCUACUACUCCCUUGGAUUCCCCUCCGGACCUGCUCACCCUGUCUCCAACCCCCCUCGCUCCAGCCUCAGCCUCCGCACCUGGUUUCCAGCAGUUUCCCCUGACCUGCACUCCAUCUUCCCCCUGUGUUUCAAUAUAUACCUUGGUUACUUCAUCCCAGUCUCCUCGUCUGAGUCUGCUCUUGGGUUCCCCUGUUCCACUCCGCGUAACAGUACGAUCUGGCCAAAGAGAUGAACCCAGCAGACUCUGCUACUCUCCACCAAACCCUCGUCGGCCAAGGCACCCUGCUCGAGCAACAUGACCAAGCCCUGAAGACCCUUCUGGAGCACAUCAAGGAGUUUUCACAGAGCCUUACCUACAGGGCCGACCCUUCGCCCAGAGCUCACAACCAGUUCCAAGUCCUUCUCCUCCGCUCCGGGAGCCGUUUGUUUCCGACUCCCGAACGUUACGAUGGCAACCUCGGAGCUUGCAGAGCCUUUUUGGUACAAUGUUCACUAGUAUUUGAGCAACAGCCCUACUCUUAUGCUAGCGAACGGGCCAAGAUUUCCUUUCUGAUUGGCUGCCUCCGCGGAACAGCGCUUUCUUGGGCCACGGCGGUGUGAGAGAGACAGUCCCUCAUCUGCUUCUCCUACUCCAGAUUCACGGAGGAGAUGAAGAAAGUCUUAGACCACCCGGUCUGUGGUAAGGAUGCCGCUAAACGAAUCCUGUCCCUCCGUCAAGGCCCCCAUAGUGUUGCUGAGAUGGCAUGUGAGUUCCGCACCCUCGCCGCUGAGAGCGGCUGGAAUGAGGAGGCCCUUCAGGGAGCAUUCCGGAACGCACUCACUGAGACCCUCAAGGGCGAGUUGGUGUCCAGGAAUGAGCCUGAUGGACUUGAUGAACUCAUCUCUCUCGCUAUCCGCAUCGACAACCGUCUCCGUGAGCGUCGGAGGGAGAGGGUAGGUAGGGUUGCAUGUCCCAUAACAUCUGCUUCAGUGCCUUGUCCUCUUUCUCCGACUGCAUCCCAUCCCCAGGCUCGUCCAGAUCCUGAACCCAUGGAGCUCGGCCGGGCCUGUCUCUCUCCAGAGGAGAGGCAAUGACGAAUCGGCGCUAGGAGCUGCCUAUACUGUGGCCAGGUUGGUCACUUUGUCUCCACUUGUUCCCUGCGUCCAGCAAAAGAGGGGGCUCGGCAGUAGUGGGGGAUAUACUGUUGAGCCAAAUCGCCUGCCCAUCUUUCCCCAGACCCCUGCUUGAAGGCAACCUUGUGUGGCAGAGCCAGGCUUUUCCUCUGUCUGCUCUCAUCGAUUCGGGCGUCGACGAGAGCUUCCUGGACCGAGGUGUCGUUACCCAGUUGGGCCUGGACACUGUCUCACUCGAUUCACCCCCUCGAUGCCAAUGCUCUCAAUGGACAGCUUCUCACCCAUGUCUGUGAGAGAACUGUCCCUGUCAUCCUGCGUCUCUCAGGAAUUCACCAGGAAAAUAAAAGUUUCCAUAUAAUCGACUGUCCUUACUCUCCCCUGGUUCUUGGCCAUCCAUGGUUAAAGCUACACAACCCACAGAUUGACUGGCCCGCCGGAAGGGUAACCACUUGGAGUUCAUUUUGUCAGUUUAAUUGUUUACAUUCUGCCCUUCCCCCUGCCUUGUCUGUGUCCCAGUUCAUUCCAGAACCUCCGGACCUGUCAUCAGUUCCUCCCAAGUAUCACGAUCUAGCUCCUGUGUUCAGCAAGCACCACACCCUGUCGCUGCAGCCUCAUCGGUCGUACGACUGCGCCAUUGACCUCCAGCCUGGAGCUCCUCUACCCAGUAGCCGGUUGUUUAACCUCUCUCGUCCCGACCAAGAGGCUAUGGAGAGGUACAUCCAGGAUUAUCUGGCUGCAGGACUUAUCAAGCCAUCUUCCUCCCCGGUGGGUGCUGGGUUUUUCUUUGUGAAGAAGAAGGAUGGGUUACUGAGGCCGUGCAUAGACUUCCGUGGGCUGAAUAAUAUCACUGUUAAGAACAAGUACCCCUUGCCACUCAGCUCUGCUUUGUCCCCCUCCAUGGUGCCACAGUGUUUACCAAACUUUUUGUCUAUUUAGAUGACAUCCUGAUUUUUUUCCCAAGGACCCUGAGGCUCACCAGCAACACGUUCUUCAACAGCUGUUGGAGAAUAAGCUUUUUGUUAAAGCUGAAAAAUGUGAGUUCCAUGCUGCCACAGUGUCUUUCCUGGGUUAUAUUAUUGCACAGGGACAGUUACAUAUGGACCCCGCCAAGGUCAUGGCAGUCAGAGUGGCCUGCGCCCUCCAACCUGAAGCAGCUACAGCGUUUCCUGGAGUUUGCAUUUUUACAGACGUUUCAUCCGCAACUACAGCCGUCUGGCAGCACCUCUCACAACUCUCACCUCCACCUCAGCCCGACCCAGAACUCCAGUUCAUCGUGGAGGUGGACACCUCUGACACCGGGGUAGGUGCUGUUCUGUCUCAACGUUCCCCCUCUGAUCAGAAGGUCCACCCGUGUGCAUUCUUUUCCCGUAAGCUUUCACCUGCAGAGAGGAAUUUUGACAUUGGAAACCGGGAACUCCUGGCAGUUAAGCGUAACACAUAGGAGUGGGCAAGACAGCACAAACAAAUCUGAGACCAGUCUAGCUCUCUCCCCUACAUAUUAAAAAAGGAGAAUAGCCAAUGAUGUUUGUUGGUGUUUUUGUGUGAUUUGGAAAGGAGGCAAAAGCAGCAGAGAAAGUGGGUGAGGCGAAAGCAGUAAAGCUGUAUGUCAGAUUCCUCCUAUUGAGAAGAUGGAAGCCUUGCUGUCGACCGUCAUCAACUGCGAGUGAGUGAAACGUUAUUCCUCUAAAUGUCUGAAACCUUAUUUCAUAGUACAAGGGUGGUAAUUCAAUAUGGAAAUAUCUGGGUCUUUUCUGGGGCUCUCCAGUUAUAAAAAAAACUUUUCCUGUUGAAAAGGGAUAUCCCAAGUAGGGCUGUGACGGUCAUUGAAUAACUGUGUAACUGACGGUUAUGGAUGAAUACCGCCAUGAAAAUAAAAGAACAGUCAAAACCAUUUAAAUAGGCAGACAUUCUUUUUUAUUUAUUUUUGCAUUUUUAUUAACAUUAUUUUAAUGUAGAUAAACUAAACCUAAUAGUGGGAGUGUUUACUAAUGAUUAUAAGCAAUUGUUUUGCUAGCUUAGUCUGUCUACAUCUCUUCCUCUUUGCUUUUCCAACUGUCGUUUGACGCUUGAGCAGCUAAUCCGCUAGAUUCGCGAGGGUGUAGAAGCGCUAGUCUAUAGGCUAUGGCACUUCAGGAAAAAAAUAUUUGAUGUGUGGACUUUCUUUUAUACAAUGUAUGCACGUUUUCAUUGCUUGAUAGUAAAUAAAUAAAUCUGUCUUUAAAAAAAGGUUGGUGUCUGACUAUUCAUUAAUUAUUCAACAAGGUUGUUCUGGUUCUGAGGCCUAUAAUGCACUAAUGUUGUGUCAAAUGGACAAUGUACCAAUCCUAUCCAAAUCAGCAUGGUAUAUUUGAUACAGAAUAUUUUCUUAAUUUAUAGACUAAUCAACGCUGAUAAAUAGGCUAUUGACAUGUUGUGUGUAUUUGUUUCUAUGUUAAUGAUUGUCCAUUUCAUCUUCAUACUAUCACAUAGCUGUCUCUCUCCCCUUCAUACUUUCCUUGUCAAUUUAUUAUCUUAUAGCCUACUUUUCGGAAAGCCUAAGGUAGGCCCAGUGGUGGAAAAAGUACUCAAUUGUCAUACUUCAGUAAAAGUAAAGAUACCUUAAUAGAAGAGCAUCUGGUCAGCGGGGUGGUGGCACAGGAAUCCUCAUCUCUCCCAAGUGGACAUUCUCUCUUUUUCCCCUGACCCAUCUGUCUAUCUCCUCAUUUGAAUUCCAUGCUGUCACAGUCACUAGCCCAUUCAAGCUUAACAUCCUUGUCAUUUAUCGCCCUCCAGGUUCCCUUGGAGAGUUCAUCAAUGAGCUUGAUGCCUUGAUAAGUUCCUUUCCUGAGGAUGGCUCACCCCUCACAGUUCUGGGUGACUUCAACCUCCCUACGUCUACCUUUGACUCAUUUCUCUCUGCCUCCUUCUUUCCACUCCUCUCCUCUUUUGACCUCACCCUCUCACCGUCCCCCCUACUCACAAGGCAGGCAAUACGCUUGACCUCAUCUUUACUAGAUGCUGUUCUUCUACUAAUCUCACUGCAACUCCUCCCCUCCAUGUCUCCGACCACUACUUUGUAUCCUUUUCUCUCUCGCUAUCCUCCAACACUACUCACUCUGCCCCUACUCAGAUGGUAAUGCGCCGUCGCAACCUUCGCUCUCUCUCUCCCGCUACUCUCUCCUCUUCCAUCCUAUCAUCUCUUCCCUCUGCUCAAUCCUUCUCCCUCCAAUCUCCUGAUUCUGCCUCUUCAACCCUCCUCUCCUCCCUUUCUGCAUCCUUUGACUCUCUAUGUCCCCUAUCCUCCCGGCCGGCUCGGUCCUCCCCUCCUGCUCCGUGGCUUGAUGACUCAUUGCGAGCUCACAGAACAGGGCUCCGGGCAGCCGAGCGGAAAUGGAGGAAAACUAGACUCCCUGCGGACCUGGCAUCUUUUCACUCCCUCCUCUCUACAUUUUCUUCAUCUGUUUCUGCUGCUAAAGCCAAUUUCUACCACUUCCAAGCAUCAGCCUCUAACCCUAGGAGCUCUUUGCCACCUUCUCCUCCCUGCUGAAUCCCCCCCCCCCCCCCCCCCCCCCCCCCCCCCCCUCUCCCUCUCAGUGGAUGACUUCGUCAACCAUUUUGAAAAAGAAGGUUGACGACAUCCGAUCCUCGUUUGUUAGUCAAAUGACACUGCUGGUCCUGCUCACACUGCCCUACCCCUAUGCUUGACUUCUUUCUCCCCUCUCUCUCCAGAUAAAAUCUUGCGACUUGUGAUGGCCGGGCCGCCCACAAUCUUGCCCCGCUUGACCCUAUCCCCUCCUCUCUUCUCCAGACCAUCUCCGGUGACCUUCUUCCCCUUACCUCACCUCGCUCAUCAACUCAUCCUUGACCGCUGGCUAUGUCCCUUCCUUCUUCAAGAGAGCGAGAGUUGCACCCCUUCUCAAAAAACCAACACUUGAUCCCUCUGAUGUCAACAACUACAGACCAGUAUCCCUUCUUUCUUUCUCUCCAAAACUCUUGAGCGUGCCGUCUUUAGCCAACUCUCUUGCUAUCCUCUCUCAGAAUGACCUUCUUGAUCCAAACCAGUCAGGUUUCAAGACUGGUCAUUCAAACUGAGACUGCUCUUCUCUGUGUCACGGAGGCUCUCCGCACUGCUAAAGCUAACUCUCUCCUCCUCUGCUCUUGUCCUUCUAGACCUGUCUGCUGCCUUUGAUACUGUGAACCAUCAGAUCCUCCUCUCCACCCUCUCCGAGACUGGGCAUCUUCCGGCGCGGCUCACUCUUGGAUUGCGUCCUACCUGACCGGUCGCUCCUACCAAGUGGCAUGGCGAGAAUCUGUCUCCGCACCACGUGCUCUCACCACUGGUGUCCCCCAGGGCUCAGUUCUAGGCCCUCUCCUAUUCUCGCUAUACACCAAGUCACUUGGCUCUGUCAUAUCCUCACAUGGCCUCUCCUAUCAAUGCUACGCAGACGACACACAACUAAUCUUCUCCUUUCCCCCUUCUGAUAACCAGGUGGCGAAUCGCAUCUCUGCAUGUCUGACAGACAUAUCAGUAUGGAUGACGGAUCACCACCUCAAGUUGAACCUCGGCAAGACGGAGCUGCUCUUCCUCCCGGGGAAGGACUGCCCGUUCCAUGAUCUCGCCAUCACGGUUGACAACUCCGUUGUGUUCUCCUCCCAGAGUGCGAAGAGCCUUGGCGUGACCCUGGACAACACCCUGUCGUUCUCCGCUAACAUCAAGGCGGUGACCCAAUCCUGUAGGGUUCAUGCUCUACAACAUUCGGAGGAGUACGACCCUGCCUUACACAGGAAGCGGCACAGGUCCUAAUCCAGGCACUGUCAUCUCCCGUCUGGAUUACUGCAACUCGCUGUUGGCUGGGCUCCCUGCCUGUGCCAUUAAAACCCCUACACUCAUCCAGAAUGCCGCAGCCCGUCUGGUGUUCAACCUUCCCAAGUUCUCUCACGUCACCCCCGCUCCUCCGCACACUCCACUGGCUUCCAGUUGAAGCUCGCAUCUGCUACAAGACCAUUGGUGCUUGCCUACGGAGCUGUGAGGGGAACGGCACCUCCGUACCUUCAGGCUCUGAUCAGUCCCUACACCCAAACGAGGGCAUUGCGUUCAUCCACCUCUGGCCUGCUGGCCCCCCUACCUCUGCGGAAGCACAGUUCCCGCUCAGCCCAGUCAAAACUGUUCGCUGCUCUGGCACCCCAAUGGUGGAACAAGCUCCCUCACGACGCCAGGACAGCGGAGUCACUCACCACCUUCCGGAGACACUUGACACCCCCACCUCUUUAAGGAAUACCUGGGAUAGGAUAAAGUAAUCCUUCUACCCCCCCUUACCCCACCCCACCCCCCCCAAAAAACAUAAACAUAUUGUAAAGUGGUUAUCCCACUGGCUAUAAGGUGAAUGCACCAAUUUGUAAAUCGCUCUGGAUAAGAGUGUCUGCUAAAUGACGUACAUGUAAAUGUAAAUGUAGAAAAUGACUCAAGUGGAAGUCACCCAGUAAAAUCCUAAAAGUAUUUGGUUUUAAAUCUACUUAAGUAUCAAAAGUAAAUGUAAUUGCUAAAAUAUACUUAAGUAAAAUUUUAAAGUAUAAAUCAUUAAAAAUACAUUAUAUUAAGCAAACCAGAUGGCACCAUUUUCUUGUUUUGAUUUAGGGGCAUGCUCCAACACUCAGACAUCAUUUACAAACUAAGCAUGUGUUUAGUGAGUCUGCUAGAUCAGAGGCGGUAGGGAUGACCAGGGAUGUUCGGUUGAUAAGUGUGUGAAUUUGACUAUUUUCCUGUCCUGCUAAGCAUUUAAAAUGUAAUGAGUACUUUUGGGUGUCAGGGAAAAUGUAUGGAGUAAAAAGUACAUCAUUGUCUUUAGGAAUGUAGUGAAGUAAAAAUAAAAGAGUAAAGUACAGAUACCCAAAAAAACUACUUAAGUAGUACUUUCAAGUAUUUUUACUUAAGUACUUUACACCACUGGGUAGGCCUAGUUUUAAAAUAUAUAUGUUUUAAGGAAAGGAUAAAUAUUUGCUCUUCUGUCUGACAUACGCUGGUGGCUUUGAUUGACGGGUCCUUUUACGGGGGUGUGCAUGUGUGAGUUAGCUGAUUCUCUCUAUAGGCCUAUAUGUCCAUUCAGAAAGUUUCUUAAAGUAGCCUUUCUGGACUCUAUCUCUUUAAUAUGAAUCAAACGCUCCUGUCAUGAUCUUGUAAAAGGCACAUUUUCAGUAAAGGCCCAUUCUCACCAAGUCUGUUAUUUUUGUCCAAAUAAUAAGGAAGAAAAAAAGAUAUACGAGCAUGUCUUGUUUAUGAUGGCAUUCACACCAAUUGCGAAAUAUUGUCCUGCCACAAUCCGUCAAUUAUUUAUAUACAGGUUUGAUUUUUGCAUCUUUUUGCUUGCGAAAGUAAGUUGUUGACCAAUAAAAAUUGUUAUCUGGGACACUAACACUGAUAGGCUGCGCACUGCCACUGACAGGUCUGUGGGUUCGUUGUGUGAAUUAAUACAUUUAUCUUGCCUGUUCUUUACGUUUGCAAUGUAUCAGUGCAGCAUGGUAAGUCAAACACUUCUUAAAUCUUUGAAUAAUUCUCUAGUUUAAAUAAAUUAAACAAAGACCCAAUUCUGCAAUGGUCAGCCUUUAUUCAUUGAAAGCGCUCUGCAACAAAAUGGUCGUACAAUCUUUUUAUACACACACCUCUGCUCUCCUGACACACACACACACACAUGUUCUUAUCAUAGUCUACCCCUUGCUCGGGCAGGCUGCAUUUUUUUCUCUAUCGCCGUUCUCACAAUAUCCUGCAAGCCUUUUUCACUCCCCCUCCCUGUAUGGUUUUGAAACCUGUCUCCUGUUAUUGGUUUCAAUCGUUUUGCACUUCUGCUUGCCUAAUUACAAGACACAAAUACUCUGUUGAUGGGCAAAUAUGCAUCUUAUAUAAAGACAUUUAAGCUCUAAGCUCUAGUCUACUAAUUAGUCAUACAUUAUUAGUUUAACUGAGGGUGUGACAUUUUAGUCAUAUCUUACUCACACAUUUCUUUAUCAGGUAUCAAUUUAGCUUUUGUGAUCACAUCACACCAGAGCCAGGCUACACGUCGCUGAUACUCGCCAUUCAAACUUCCCCGCCAGUUCAUUGCCAACGCUGUAGCCUAUUUUAUAGCCAUUCAGCAAGCAAGAGGAUCGAUCGAUGCUUCUCUCCUCGAAUAAGCCUAGGCUUAUUAGUUUAAAAAAAUUGCCAGAUACUGACUGGUUUUCUGAUCCACGACCCAAUUUUUUUUUUAAAGGUAUCUGUGACCAACAGAUGCAUAUCUGUAUUCCUAGUCAUGUGAAAUCCAUAGAUUAGGGCCUAAUUAAUUUAUUUCAAUUGACUUAUUACCUUAUAUGAACUGUAACUCAGUAAAAUCUUUGAAAUUGUUACGUUUAUAUUUUUGUUCCGUGUAUAUUGCUGUUCAUUAUCUAUAUACAUUUAUAUAGGCUACACGUUCAAGAGCUAGAAGAGAUAGGCCAGCAGAGAUGCGUGAAUUGCGCAAGAAGACGUGAGUUAAUAUUUAUUUAACCAGGUAAGUUGAAUGAGAACACGUUCUCAUCUACAGCAACGACCUGGGGAAUAGUUACAGGGGAGAGGAAUGAGCCAAUUGGAAGCUGGGGAUGAUUAGGUGGCCAUGAUGGUAUGAGGGCCAGAUCGGGAAUUUAGCCAGGACACCGGGGGUAACACCCCUACGAUAAGUGCCAUGGGAUCUUUAGUGACUACAGAGAGUCAGGACACCUGUUUAACAUCCCACCCGAAAGACAGCACCCUACACAGGGCAAUGUCCCCAAUCACUGCCCUCGGGCAUUGGGAUAUUUAUUUAGACCAGAGGAAAGAGUGCCUCCUACUGGCCCUCCAACACCACUUCCAGCAGCAUCUGGUCUCCCAUCCAGGACCAACCCGUUGACUUUUUCCACAUUGUGUUACGUUACAGUCUUAUUCGAAAAAGACAUUAUUUUUCCCCCUCAAUCUACACACAAUACCCCAUAAGGGCCCACUCAAGGACAUUCAGAGACUUGUCCUGAAGCCACUCCAGCGUUGUCUUGGCUGUGUGCUUAGGGUCGUUGUCCUGUUGGAAGGUGAACCUUCGCCCCAGUCUGAGGUCCUGAGCGCUCUGGAGCAGGUUUUCAUCAAGGAUCUCUCUGUACUUUGCUCCGUUCAUCUUUCUCUCGAUCCUGACUAGUCUCCCAGUCCCUGCUGCUGAAAAACAUCCCCACAGCAUGAUGCUGCCACCACCAUGCUUCACCGUGGGUAUGGUGCCAGGUUUCCUCCAAAUGUGAUGCUUGGCAUUCAGGCCAAAGAGUUCAAUCUUGGUUUCAUCAGACCAGAGAAUCUUGUUUCGCAUGGUUUGAGAGUCCUUUAGGUGCCUUUUGGCAAACUCCAAGUGGGCUGUCAUGUGCCUUUUACGGAGGAGUGGCUUUUGCUGGCCACUCUACCAUAAAGGCCUGAUUGGUGGGGUGCUGCAGAGAUGGUUGUCCUUCUGGAAGGCUCUCCCAUCUCCACAGAAGAACUCUGGAGCUCUAUCAGAGUGACCAUCGGGUUCUUGGUCACCUCCCUGAUUAAGGCCCUUUUCCCCCGAUUGUUCAUUUUGGCCGGGCGGCCAGCUCUAGGAAGAGUCUUGGUGGUUCCAAACUUCUUCCAUUUAUGAAUGAUGGAGGCCACUGUGUUCUUGGGGACCUACAAUGCUGUCUCUGAGCUCUACGGACUAUUCCUUCAACCUCAUGGCUUGGUUUUUGCUCUGACAUGCACUAUCAACUGUGGGACCUUAUAUAGACAGGUGUGUGCCUUUACAAAUCAUGUUCAAUCAAUUGAAUUUACCAUAGGUGGACUCCAAUGAAGUUGUAGAAACAUCUCAAGGAUGAUCAAUGGAAACAGGAUGCACCUGAGCUCAAUUUCAAGUCUCAUUGCAAAGGGUCUGAAUACUUAUGUAAAUAAGGCAUUUCAGUUUUUUAUUUUUAAUACAUUUGCAAACAUUUCUAAAAACCUGUUUUCGCUUUGUCAUUAUGGGGUAUUGUGUGUAGGUUGAUGAGGAAAAAAAAUAUUUUAUCAAUUUUAGAAUAAGGCUGUAACGUAACAAAAUAUGGAAAGAGUGAAGGGGCCUGAAUACUUUCCAAUGCACUGUACCAUCAUAUUGAUGCCUGCCUCAUGAAUAAAGUCAAUUCUGAUAAUGUGUUUGAUGGUCGACAUUACAUCUGUGGUUAUUCCAUUGCAGCUGAGUUCCUGAAGCUGGACAACCUUUCAGCACUAAUGGACCUGGUGUUUGUGGGAAACCCUCUGGAGGAGAAAUACUCAGCUGAGGGGUACUGGAUAGAAGAGGCCACCAAAAGGCUGCCCAAGGUGAAGAAACUAGAUGGUAAGACUCCUAUUUGUUUCAUAGUAGUAUUCACCAGAAUGUAUUAUUGUCAUCGUUACCUAUUUUGAGCCGUUCUUCAUAGAGUAUGGCUCAGUAUAGAACAUCCUGCUUGUCAUUUCACAUUGCUUAUUUCAGUAGUUUUUGCUAUUGAUGUGUCAAUGAUCCUGACUUCUCCUCUCCUCUAAUCUCAGGUCCUCUUCUUCUCUCUGUCACUCUCCUCCCCCCUCCUCUCCUCUCUUCUGCAGGGAACCCAGUGAUCUAG